CGAGAGUCGGGGCGGCCUGAGCAGUGUGUGUGUGAAUACAAGAAAGCCGGCUAAGGCCGCAGGGUGGUGCAGGAGUAGGAAGAUGAGCUCCACGGAGGAGCCUUCCAGUGACUACCCUAUCCAUGCUCUGGUAUGGAGAAAUGACUACCGGAGUCUGGAGAGCGAGCUGCAGGGCAAGGACAUAGAACAGCUGGAUCCACGAGGUCGGACACCGUUACACCUGGCAGUCUCUUUAGGACAUUUAGAAACAGCAAGAGUUCUUUUGAGGCACAAAGCUGAUGUCACCAAAGAGAACCGUGAUGGAUGGACAGUUCUUCAUGAGGCGGUAAGCACAGGAGACCCAGAAAUGGUGCAGAUGGUCCUACAGUAUCGGGAAUUCCAUAAGGCAUCCACAGCACUUGGAGGAGUCCCUGAGCUGUUAAAAAAAACUUUGGAGGCAUCUGAUUUCUAUGUGGAAAUGAAGUGGGAAUUUACUAGCUGGGUCCCGCUGCUAUCUAGAGUAUGCCCAAGUGAUGUAUGCAGGAUAUGGAAGAGUGGAGCUAAACUUCGAGUUGAUGCCACUCUCCUAGGAUUUGAGAAUAUGAACUGGAUCAGAGGAAAGCAUAGCUUUAUAUUUAAAGAGGAAGAUAACUGGGCGGAACUGAUGGAAAUAAACCAUGAUGACAAGACUGUCACAAAGGAACGCUUUGACAUCUCCCAGGAGAUUGAAGGCAUCACUUUAGAUUCUAUGCAGCCAGCAGAAAGGGAAAUUAGCAAGAGGCUUACAUCUCCCAUCAUCAACACCUCAUUGGAUACAAAAACCAUUGCCUUUGAACGGUAACCCAAGAACUGUACCUUCUCCUAGGAUACUUAUGCGAUACUUAUGUGCAGCCCCCCCCCCCAAAAAAAAAAAGCUUUACUGACUAUCUCCAGAUGACAUUUAAUUUUUGUCCUUUUGUAGCUAAUUACAUUUUGGGAGCAAUUGUCAUUUAUAUAAUAUGUAAUAUCAAAAUGCAAAUAGAUAUUUUUGUAAUUUACAUGAGACUGGUUGCAAGAUGUCUAACUCUUCUCAUAAACUGAUAAGUCUAAUUAUGCAAACUAGCUAAUAAGCCACAGAAAAAACAGUGGGACAGAGAAGAUUGGAAUGAAUGAAAUCAAUAACAAAUUAAUUAAAGUAAUGUUUUAGUCGUGCACAACCGUUGCUAAAGGCUGCUUAUGACAAGAGAAAUGCUAUUGAUUUCUUUUGUUCCUAGCUUAAUGUCAGCUAUCACUUGGCUUUUUCAUGACCUCUGCAGAUUUAUGUUCCAGCAAGCACAAAAAAAGUGCAUUUACUUUGCUUCUGUCCUUCAUGGAAGUGUUGCCAUGUUGCUUUUUGUUGUGCUAUAGAUUUUUCUUUGCUUUAAAUUGAAUCAUGUUCAGUUGGACAGCUGGUAGUAGCAGGGAUGUGUGUAGCUGUUAGCUGCACUGUGAAUAUCUGCAUGCAGAGCUUAGUCAUUUAAAAAAAAAAACUUGUAUAACACAAACUGUAGAUUGUAUUGGAAAAGCUUUGUACUAUGUUACAUUAUAGGGCAUGAGACACAUUUUUCAAACUCUCAUUUAGGACACCUUAAUACCUUAAUAACAUGGUGCUUUACUGUUUCAGUGUAAGAUCAUGGUUUACCUCACAUAACUGAGGAAUGGCAAAGUAUAGCUGUAUAGUAAAAAUACACCUAAUAUAUAAUUUAUUAUUUUUAAAAUCCUUUACCUAUUGAUAAAUAUUGUCAUAAAUCCUGUAUCAAAGAUAAGAAAGCUAGGGGGCUCCCCUUUGGUGAUCUUUACGCUCAUUUGCAAAUACAAUUGCAAUGUAAAAUAAAUAUACACAAGUUGCCAUCUAUUUAUUUAUUUUUAACCCAAAAUGCAGUGGUCUUACUAGUGUAAUAUCAGGUGCUCACUAAAUUGCCCGAGUUACAAAUGUGGGCACAGAUUAGGGUUUAGUAUUGCUUUAGUGAUCAUUUGCUAGUUAAUAUGUAUAAAUUACAUUUCCUGCAUGUGUGUGAUUUACUAGUAUGUGAAAAUCAAAUAAUUGUUUUGGUUUCUUUUUAGAACAAAGUCUGGAUUUUGGGGCUGGAGGUCAGAUAAGAUUGAAACAGUGAAUGACUAUGAAGCCAAGGUAGCUCGUUAAUUCAUCAAUACAAAUCUAUAUCUUAAAAGCAUGGGUUAGUGGUUUAUAUUAACUCCUUCUUUUCUCUCUUAAAGGUGUAUUCUGCAAAUAAUGUUAAUGUUGUGACUAAAACAAGGACAGAACAUCUAACAGAAGAUGAAAAGUCUCGAUACAAAGGUAAUAAUGUAGGCAGACUAACAAAUAAUGUGUCUGAUGACCUAUGAUCUUGUAGCCGUAUAACAGGGUAACAAAAGGCAAACACUGAAGAAAUCAGCAUUUAUGAAGCAUGGAAUAUAUAAUAUGGUAAUCUUUUCUGUCAUUUUUAGGUGAUAGAAACUUUUUGGAAUCUUUACUUGGGACAGUUGAGCAUCAGUUCGGAGCCCAGGGGGACCUCACCACAGAGUUUGCCACCGCGAACAACCCUACUGCCAUAACUCCUGAAGAGUAUUUUAAUCCAGAUUUUGAUCUGAAAAACAGGGACAUUGGAAGGCCAAAAGAGCUUGCAAUAAGGACUCAAAAGUUUAAAGCCACAUUGUGGAUGUGUGAAGAUUUUCCCCUGUCCUUGGUGGAACAAGUCACGCCCAUCAUAGACCUUAUGGCCAGAACAAGCUCUCAUUUUGCUCACCUUAGAGACUUCAUCACUCUGCAGUUUCCUCCAGGCUUUCCAGUCAAAAUAGAAAUCCCUCUAUUCCAUGUUCUGAAUGCAAGAAUUACCUUUGGAAAUGUGAAUACCUGUUCCAGGGCAGAGGAGAGUCCAGCAUCAACUCCCAAAGGCAGUCAAGAUGAGGCCUCUCCGUCUCCAAAAUUUGAGGUGGACCAAUCAGUCUUUGAGAUCCCUCCAUUUUAUCAUGUGCAGGAGAAUGGGAGGAGCCUACAUAUACGAGAUGAAGAUGAUGAGAUAAUGCAGUUUGCUAUUCAGCAGAGUCUUUUGGAGUGCAGUGGAAAUCAGUAUAUGUCACCAAGCCAUUCAAAUGGAAGUAUCUCUUCUCAUCAGGUCUUUGACACACAGUAUGAAAGGUAAUGUAUUAAAUGUAAUUAGGUAAAAGAAGUUAAAGCAUGGGUUGUAUAUACACUUGUUAUGUCAGCUUAAAACUUACUAGAAUACUUUGCCAGCACCAACCAGCCAUUGCAUAUCUGCUGUAUGCCAGGCUGUGCAGUAGAGCCAGUGGGUGGGCAGCCAGUAUAUAGCCAUAAUUAAUUAGAAACUAUGUAAGGGCAGAGCUGUGAUUGGCUAACCACAUCCUACUUUGUUUCUGGGCAAGGACUGUUAGAACAUAUCCACAACUCAUUAUUACCAUAGAAAGAGGCAUCAUUUUAAAAGGUAAUGAUUCUUUAUGCCAUUUUAAUCCAAAACCUUAGGUUACUGAUUAUUGCAUACAUGAUGAGGAUGAUUUUAAAAAUGUUGUAUGCCCCCUUUUAAUGUCACAGAUGUAUUGUAGAUUGCUUCAUUACUUGCUGGGUAGGUUAGCAUGUGGGAAAUUUAGUUGUCAAACAAACCAAUAUUGAUUAGGCAGUAGCGAUGCAUUGAAUCCAGAAUUUGGUUCAGUAUUUGGCUAAGAUUCUGCCUUUUUCAGCAGGAUUUGGCCAAAUACAAAUCCUUAAAACCAUGUGACUUGUCACAAAAACACAGAAGUUGAAUUUUUGGAUGGAUUGAAUGUUACCCUUGUUAAGCUUGUAAGAGUUGAAUGUGAAACAGAUGUCUUUAGCUAGAAAACAAUCCUGUAAGCGACAGACUUUCUGUUGGUUAUUAGUGUUUUCAGUGCAUAAACCAUCCUAAUAUUCUCUGUUCAGAGCCUUGCAGGAGAGCAUACUUGCCAAUUCCCAAAGUGCCCAUUCCAGCCUCAGCAGCCAGUCUCAGAGUUUUGACAAAGACUUACAGUUUGCCAUGGAGCUCUCUGCCAGGGAGCAGGAGGAGGCAGAGAAACGGCGCCAGCAGGAAGAGGCUCAGUUGGAAGAGAUCUUGCAGCUUUCGCUCAUGGAAAAAUAGACAUUCAAAAUGAACAGUAAGAAAACAAAUGGCUGAAAAUAUGCCUCUGAUACGGGUCUUGUCCCUCUCCUGCUAAAAACCAGCAGCAUUGCCAAGUGUGGGGGGCCAAGAGGUCACUCCACAGAACGAAAGAUCACUCCAUGGACUCUGUAUCUACCAAAGAGCUGAGACUUUUUUGAUACACCUUUUUCUUCUCUGCUUCCUAAUUGCAAAUCUGGGACCUUUUCUACCAUGGUGUUUCUUAUAUUUAAAUAAUAACCCUUUGCCUACCAACUCUAACUGAACCUAGAAACAUAGGCUCUACACGCCUGUCACUCUGUAACUGUUUGCUGCAUAGACUUGUUGUUGGUAGUCAGAGGGUUAAUACAGAACUGCUGUAGGAAAAAUAAAAUGAAGUAAGAGGUUUAACCUUUCUUUCACUGAAUGUUUUGCUCCCACAUUUUUUCCACCCUAAGCAUGACCUGGCACUAUAUUAUACAGAGCAAAGAUCUAUUCUGAGUUUUAUCAAAGCAGCUGGUCUUGUACGAAUCCCAUUGUUUUAACAGCUUCCUAUGUACCCUGCAUGGCCGGGGCUUUAGGGUGACAGUAUACUGACCAUUUAUUGUCUUUGGAAUCCAUUAGGAUUAGAUGUUGUACAAGGUCAUACUGUCAACUAAAGGGAGGCUCUGACAUAAAUAUAUAUAUAUAAUAUAUAUUGAUGCAUUGCAUACCAACUAUUAUCUAAUACGAUCGCGGGUCGAUCUAUCUGUCCACACGGAUCAAGGGCUGAGAAAUUUGGCUGACAUUACGGUUAUAUUUAACCAAUGGUCCUCCCACUACUGUGAGUUGGUUUGUUAAAUGUGCUCAGUAAAGCCAAACAAGCCUUCUGUCUUUGCUCAUAAUAAUGUGCCAGCUGAGAGCAAUCUUUUAUUGGCAUUUAAAGAUAAGAAUUUAUUUUACCACAGCAGAGGAAGUUCAUGCACAGAUUAAUAAUACAAAUAUAUAGAUAAGCCAGCCUCGGUCUGUAUAAUAACUGCUUUUCAGGAAAUUUAUUCUAUUAUGAAUUGUACGGUAACUUUGAAAUAAGGGAUCUUUUCCCUUUUAUAAUGCUUUGCCCUUGAGCACUAUUAAAUUAUUUUUAUUUAAGUUAUAUUCUACGUUUAACUAGAAACUCCUUUCUCCUUUGAGUUCCUUCCCAAUUUGAAAACUUUUGUUUGGAAGAAGUGAUUAAAGAUGGCGUGCAGCAACACAUACUCCUCUGUUUGUCAAACUGUGGGGCCCCUUGUGUAUUUCUUUUACAAGAAGGUCAGUUAUGGGGCGAGUGUUAUUUACUGUUUUGGUUCAAACUAUUUGUGUUUUAUAGACCAAGGGAGGCCUGAGUCCAAACAUUUAAACUUCUGCUUUGGGGCUUAUAAAGAUGGGCAUUCAGACCUGCAUUUCCCUUGAGGUGGAGUUCUGCAUUCCGCUGCAGGGCAGUGCAGGAUGAAACACAAUCAAUUCUUUCUUAUGGGGCUGUACUGACACAGGAAAACAGAGGUUUUUAGGAAUUAUUUGGCGAUGUUAGCCAGAGGCACCGCCUAUAAUGGGAAUUGAUUUCAGACAUUUCAUGGCAGCGGUUCCUAAGUGGUACUUGCCCUUAGAGGAGUAGCAUUUAGUGAGAAAUUGUAUGUCACAAAUUCUAUUUUAAAGGAACCCCGGUAUGAAACCAUACAGUUCUACAAAAUUAUUAUUGAUAUCAAGUUUUAGUAAGGGGGCUCAAUUCAUUUAACCCUGCAAGCGCAUAUAGUAGCACUAUUGUAGCUCUUGCUGAGCGCCAUAUCAGGUACAGCACGGUAGAUGCAAAUAAGUAUACGCUGUUUUGCUGGUAUGAUUCCAGUUUGGUGCUAUCAUGGCUAUGAGUUCCAUUACAAUCCGAUAUGCAACUCUGACAAUGGUUUUAAAGGGAAACUUUUAUUUUGAGCAUGGCUGACUGUUCUAAUAAAAAGGCAAGUUGAAUGAAAUUAGAGCUUAAUGCCACAAAUACCAGGUACAGUUGCACUGUCAGUGGGGUCUAAUGCUACUUCAUUGUUGCUCCCCGCAGUCAGCUUUGUAUACAUUUCAUUGCAUUGCAUUUCUUCACCCUAUUUCUUGGUAUUUUUGCUUUUAUUUUCCUUGUACCUUCUUUUCCAGUGGACAAUGGUAGUCAUGGAACUCCCAGGAGAACUUGUCAGCCAAUACAAGCGCAAACCUGUAUGCACACUGAUCACUGCUCAUUCACUCUGAGCAAAUGCGCAACUGUGUACAAGUGUGGAGAUGUAUUUACUUUGUAUGGAGAUAUUGUGUGUUACUCUCUGCUCCAUGGCAGCGGGAGAAGUACAUUGUACAGGGCUUCUUUAUGUUGUAAAUGGAGUGCACAAUGUAUGAAUAAAGUGGAACAUGCUCAAAAGGCUUUUAACUGAU